AUGUGGGAUGAUACUCAUCUGCAUUUCGAUUUUGCGCCUGAGACUGCUACUGAGAGUAAUCCCUUUGCCCUUAUGGGUGGGUUUGGCGGUUCGUACGGGAUUGUUAGUCUGUACGACCAUGGACUCGGCAGUUACCACGCUCGAGUCCAUGACGGUCAUUUAUCACUCCAUGGGCUGACAGGGGUCCUCGGGGACAAUCUUCCUAUUCGCGGUGUAUCGCUGGCAACGUUGCUCUUCCUCUUCUCGGACCCAACAACCUGCCAAGAGGACCACCUCACAUUCACUCAGAAGAUCAGCGAGCUCGACCUUGGCAUCGGCACCACCACGUUUGACUACUACGCCCCAUUUAUGAUCUUCGCUUCCGUAUGUAUGCCCAUUGCCACGGGCUUGAUGACAACAUACGAUCUCAACACGUCCCUAGCCAAGAUCAUCCUCUAUUCCGGAUUCGUAGGCUUCAGUGAAGGCAUUGGUUUCCAAGCUCCCCAGGCGGCUAGCCAGACAGCCUUAAGUACAGCAGAGGUCAAUCUUGGGAUUGGGGUCAUCUUGUUUGGGCAGAGCAUGGGCCCGGCGGUUUUUAUCGCUAUUGCGGAGGUUAUACUCACAAAUCAGUUGUUGUCUAGUUUGAAAGAUGCUGUACCAGGGUUAAAACCUGCGUAUAUUUUGAUAAUAUCUUUGUGUGUUCAAAUUUGGGAAAGCCAGAAGAUUUUCCUCUUUGUACGGUUCGAGAUUCAUAGCUAG